AUGAUCGACGGGCAGACGGGAGCCCCACAGGGCUGCGGUCUUUCUCCCCUGCUCUUCUCCCUGUACACCAACCACUGCACCUCCAGCCACGACUCCGUGAAGCUGAUCAAGUUCGCGGACGACACCACCCUCAUUGGACUCAUCUCCAACAAGGAUGAGUCCGCCUACAGGAGGGAGGUGGACCGGCUGGUGUCCUGGUGCAGUGGUAACAACCUGGAGCUGAACGCCCAGAAGACAGUGGAGAUGAUUGUGGACUUCAGGAAGAGCACUGUCCCCCCGCCCCCACCCUCCGUGAUGGACUCCCCCAUCACCUCUGUGGAGUCCUUCCGUUUCCUGGGCACCACCAUCACCCAGGACCUCAAGUGGGAGCCGACCAUCAGCUCCCUCAUCAAGAAGGCCCAGCAGAGGAUGUACUUCCUGCGGCAGCUCAGGAAAGCCAAGCUGCCUGCACAGAUGUUGGUGCAGUUCUACACGGCCAUCAUCGAGUCCAUCCUCACCUCCUCCAUCACCGUGUGGUUCGCUGGAGCCACAGUCAGGGACUUGUCGUUGAGCAAAUGGUGA